AUGGCGAUGUGGCAAAGGUGGCGGGUUCUUGGCAUGGGAACGUACGGCACUGUGUUCUUGGUUGAACCCGGUGAUCCCACGGCUCCAUUGAUCGCCGUUAAGACGUGCCCUCUUGAGAAGUCGUCCUCCCUCCUGUUGGAGGAAAGAGUGUUGGUGCAGCUGUGUGGUUGUCUGAAUAUUGUUUCCUGCCUUGGGAGUUCACUCACCGUCAAAGACAGUACCGGACUCUACAAUUUGUUUCUUGAAUUUGCGGUCGGAGGUACUCUUGAAGAUUUGAUCAAGAAAGAGUUGGGUUUGUGCGAGUGGGACAUGCGCCGCUAUGUGCGUAUGAUCGUCCAGGGUCUCUGUUCUGUGCAUGGAAAGGGUAUGGUGCACUGCAAUCUCAAACCCAGUAAUAUCUUGGUCUUUCCCGAUGAAGGAGGUGUGUUGAAUGUUGAUCGGCUCAAGAUCGUUGACUUUGAGCUUGCCAAGGAAGGCUGA